AUGGCGGACAUGGUUUCAAAAUUUUUGCUUUUAAAGGAUGCAAUAUUAAAGGCACUGAUUGACUUGAAAGAAAAAACUAUGUUCAGUACCUACGAGCUUGAUCUUUUGCAGGAUUUAUCUACGACCCUCACUAUCGUAAAAAGCACUGUAGAAGCUAUUUGCCAAGAAAAGGCGAACUUAUUAACUGCAGAUACAGCCCUGCAAUUCAUGGUCACUAAACUACAAGAGAACAAUGGGGUUAUCAGUAGAAGACUCCUUGAGGCUUUAACAUUAAGAAUCGCUCAACGCCGACAAACAGAUCUGGUAUGUACACUGAAGUAUUUACAUAAUCCUAACAAAUACUACCUGGAACAAUCUUCUACUGUCUUCCCUAAAGUAGGAAAUGAUGUUAUCACCAAAGUCAUAGUUGACAUACAAAAAAAAUACUUCAAUCAAAGACCUUCAACAAUAACUUAUACUGGCGCUUCUGAUGACGAAGAUGACAUGUUUCUAGCAGAUCUACAGCAUUGUCAAAAUGAAGAAGCGUCUAGAAUCACAAUUAUGUCAAUAAAAGAACAGCUACAGAAAAAAAUAGAUGAUGAAAUGUGUGCAAGGCCUUCUACGUCCACAGCAACUUGCGAAGAUGAUCUAGAAUCAUCAAUAAAAAUGCAGAUGGCUUUAUAUGAUGCAGGAGCGCCAAGACAAAUACACCUAACUCAGGCUUAUGACGUGUUAAUGUGCAUUCCACCAACUAGUGUAGAGUACGAAAGGGUAUUUUCUUCUACGAAGUAUAUCUGCAAUCAUCUCAGAUGUAAAUUAAGCGAUGAUUCCUUAGACGCCUUAAGUUUCCUCAGGUCUCACUUUCAAAGAAUACGUAAAAAACAAUAA